GGGUGUCCCUUGAAGCUCUCGCUAGGGAUAUAAAUACUGAGCCCUGUCACUCAGACUCACUCCGGCCCGGCCUUCCCUUGCUCUUCUUCCUGUUUGCUGCUUGGAUUUGCUAGCGGUGCAUGAUGGCCCGACCCCUGGAGCGGGCUCUGGACACGAUGGUCUCCACGUUCCACAAGUACUCUGGGAAGGAAGGUGAUAAAUUCAAGCUCAACAAGGCUGAGCUCAAGGACCUGGUCACGAAGGAGCUGCCCAGCUACAUCAGCAAACAAACGGAUGAAGCCAGCUUCCAAAGGCUCAUGAACAACCUGGACAGCAACCGGGACAAGGAAGUGGAUUUCCAGGAGUACGCGACCUUCCUGGCCUGCGUCGCCAUGAUGUGCAACGAGGACUUCCAGGACUGCCCUGACAAGAUGCCACGGAAGGUGUGAAGCCCGGCCCUGGAUGGCAGCAGGGAACGGACACCCAGAAACUCAGCUCCAGGGACAAUAUCUGGGUUGUCUCCCUGCCGUUCCCUGCUGAUAGCGCCUGUCCCCUCCCACAGCCCCUGCAUUAGGAGGCUGGUGUUCUUUCAAUAAAGGUUGCUUUAAAGAAGGUCCCUGGUGUAUUUUGCAAACAGAUGUUUUUUCUUGGUGCCCAGAUACCAUGCUGAUGGGCAGAUUCUUUAUUGUCCAGGGUCACAGGCAUGAAUAAAAAUAGAACCGUGGCUGAUCCUCAC